AUGGCAAGCACUGUUGCAGUUCCGACCUGGGCUCUGGCCCUCAUCGUAGCGUUUGCAACCGCCCAGGCACAGAAGGGCUUCUGGGACUACUUCAGCCAGAGCAGCAGGGACAAAGGCAGGGUGGAGCAGAUCCAGCAGCAGAAGCUGGCACGGGAGCCCGCGAGGCUGAAAGACAGCCUUGAGCAAGACCUCAGCAAUAUUGACAAGCUCCUGGAAAAGCUGGGCCCUCUGAGUGGGCAGGGGAAGGUGACACCCGGGCUCCCACGCGACCCGGCGGGCAUGUGGCAGCGGCUGCAGGAGGAGUUGGAAGAGGUGAGGGCGCGCCUGGAGCCCUACAUGGCAGAGGUACACAAGCGCGUGGGCUGGAACCUGGACGGGUUGCGGCGGCAGCUGAAGCCCUAUACCAUGGAGCUGAUGGAGCAGGUGGCCCUGCGCGUACAGCAGCUGCAGGAGCAGCUGCGCGUGGUCGGAGAGGACACCAAGACCCAGCUGCUGGGGGGCGUGGAUGAGGCGGGGGGCCUGCUGCAGGAACUACAGAGCCGCGUGGCGCACCACACCGACCGCGUCAAGGCGCUCUUCCACCCCUACGCCGAGCGCCUGGUGUCCGGCAUCGGGCGCCACGUGCAGGAGCUGCACCGCAGCGUGGCCCCGCACGCCGCCGCCAGCCCGGCGCGCCUCAGCCGCUGCGUGCAGGUGCUCUCGCGCAAGCUCACGCUCAAGGCCAAGGCCCUGCACGCGCACAUCCAGCAGAACCUGGACCGUCUGCGGGCAGAGCUCAGCGCCUUUGCCAGCACCGGCGCUGGCGCCGACGGCGCGAAGGAAGGGGCCGUCCUGGACCCCCAGGUUCUGUCCCAGGAGGUUCGCCAGCGACUCCAGGCUUUCCGCCACGACACCUUCCUGCGGAUCGCCGCCUUCACCCACGCCAUUGACCAGGAGACUGAGGAGGUCCAGCAGCAGCUGGCGCCGCCACCACCAGGCCACCAUGCCUUGGCCCCAGAGUUCCUCCAAGCUGACAGCGGCAAGGCCCGGAGGGAGCUGCAGGCCCGUCUCGACGACCUGUGGGAAGAUAUCAGCUACAGCAUUCAUGACCAUGGUCUCGGUCAUGGGGGAGAACCCUGAGGGUCUACUUGCCCAGGCCCACUUCCCAGCUCCUUUUCUGGAGAACCCAGGACCUGAGCCCCUAGCAUAGCUCGGUCCUUGACUUGUGGCCUGUUGGGCAAAGGGUGGAAGGCCCUGCCCAGGAUAGGAGAGGCCACCGAAGUGGCUGUUGUUCCCAGUAUAUCCAACCUCCUGCGAUUCCCCCAUCUGGAUGCAUUACAUUCACCAGGCUUUGCAAACCCGGCUUCCCGUGCUCAUUUGGGAAUCUUCAUGAGUUGCUCCAUUCCAGGAUGGUGGG